CUGUCGGCCUCCCCGGCUCUGGCUGUGCACUCGAAGCUGGUUAGUUGUCGUAGCGUCACUCUGGACUCAGCAGCUUGACAUCAGUGCCCGUCUGAUGGAAAGUCUGAGUGCUGAGCAGAAAGAGGGUUUCUCACAGUGAGGAUUAUAUUUUUUUGCGCUGUGUAGUACAUGAAAAAGAAACAACCAUGUUGGACAAUGUGCUGGGUGAGGGCAAACUGGACCCAUAUGUCAGUGCAUUAGGAUGGCCAGUGACGGCUCGAACAUUACCAGUCCUGUGGUACGCCAGAUUGACAAACAGUUUCUGAUCUGCAGCAUCUGCCUGGAUCGUUACAAAAUUCCUAAAGUCCUUCCUUGUCUACACACCUUUUGUGAGAGGUGUCUGCAAAACUACAUUCCUGCCUACAGUUUAACUCUUUCCUGCCCAAUCUGCCGUCAGACUUCCAUCUUGCCUGAAAAGGGAGUUUCUGCACUACAGAAUAACUUUUUCAUUACAAACCUAAUGGAUGUUCUUCAGCGGACUCCAGACAACAGCUGUGAGGACUCCUCCAUUCUGGAGACUGUCACAGCAGUAGCAGCAGGGAAACCCCUUUCCUGCCCAAAUCAUGAUGGAAAUGUGAUGGAGUUUUACUGCCAAUCCUGUGAGACAGCAAUGUGUCAUGAAUGUACAGAAGGUGAACAUGCUGAACACCCAACUGUUCCCCUCAAAGAUGUGGUAGAGCAGCACAAAGCUUCCCUGCAGACUCAACUGGAGGCUGUCAAACAGAGAUUGCCCGAGUUGGACACUGCUCUGAGUUUCCUGUCCGAAAUCUUGCAGGAUUUGACCAAUGAGAAAGUAAGCAUUGAAGAAGAAAUCCAUGCUACUUUCGAUGAGCUCCAGAAGACUUUAAAUGUACGAAAAAGUGUUCUGCUAAUGGAACUGGAAGUCACAUAUGGCGUUAAACAAAAAGUCCUCCAAGCACAACUGGAUGCAUUACUGCAGGGUCAGGAAAGCAUCAGGAGUAGCUGCAACUUCACUGAACAAGCUCUAAACCAUGGGACCGAAACAGAAGUUCUUUUAGUUAAGAAGCAAAUGGGUGAUAGGUUGAAUGAACUAGCUGUUCAAGAAUUUCCUUUACAACCUCGAGAAAAUGAUCAGCUGGAGUUUGUGGUGGAAACUGAAGGGCUGAAAAAAUCCAUUCAUAAUUUAGGUACCAUAAUCACCACGAAUGCAGUGGCAUAUGAGACUGUUGCGACAGGUGAGGGUUUGAGACAGUGUGUGAUUGGCCACCCUACAUCUGUUACUAUAACAACAAAGGACAAAGAUGGAGAACUGGUGAAAACUGGAAAUGCAUGCCUAAGUGCUGAAAUUGCAUCUCCUGAUGGUAGCGUGGUCGAUGGGGAGAUACUUGACAAUAAGAAUGGCACCUAUGACUUCCUUUAUACCAUUCAGAAAGAGCAGAAGGAGGGUGACUUUACACUCACUCUCAGACUUUAUGAUCAGCAUAUUAAAGGAAGUCCAUUUAAGUUAAGGGUUGUCAAACCCACUGACCUUUCUCCAACAUCUGAUGGAGUCAAACGACGUGUGAAGUCACCUGGUAGCGGACAUGUUAAACAGAAGGCUGUAAAACGGCCAGCAAGCAUGUAUAGCACUGGAAAAAGGAAAGAGAAUCCAAUUGAAGAUGACUUGAUCUUUAGAGUUGGAACAAAGGGAAGGAAUAAAGGGGAAUUCACUAAUUUGCAGGGAGUGGCAACAUCCACCAGUGGAAAGAUCAUGAUUGCAGACAGUAACAAUCAAUGUGUGCAGAUUUUCUCAAAUGAUGGACAAUUUAAAAACCGGUUUGGUGUUCGUGGCCGAUCUCCUGGGCAGCUGCAGCGUCCAACAGGUGUAGCUGUACACCCAAGUGGUGAUAUCAUCAUCGCCGAUUAUGAUAACAAGUGGGUGAGCAUUUUUUCACCAGAUGGGAAAUUCAAGACCAAGCUAGGUUCUGGGAAGCUUUUGGGACCAAAAGGAGUAGCAGUGGAUCGGAAUGGUCAUAUAAUUGUGGUGGACAACAAGGCUUGCUGCGUCUUUAUUUUCCAGCCUAAUGGGAAACUGGUGACAAAAUUUGGUAAUCGAGGAAACAGUGACAAGCAGUUUGCAGGUACACUUGAUGGUCCUCAUUUUGCAGCAGUCAACAACAAUAAUGAAAUCAUUGUUACUGAUUUUCAUAACCAUUCUGUUAAGGUGUUUAACACAGAUGGCGAGUUUGUAUUAAAAUUUGGGUCUAAUGGAGAAGGAAAUGGCCAGUUUAAUGCUCCAACAGGAGUGGCAGUGGAUUCCAAUGGAAAUAUUAUAGUUGCUGACUGGGGAAACAGUCGCAUACAGGUGUUUGAUGGAAGUGGAUCAUUCCUCUCUUAUAUUAACACUUCAGCUGAUCCUCUGUAUGGUCCUCAAGGUCUGGCAUUGACCUCUGAUGGUCAUGUGGUAGUAGCUGACUCUGGAAAUCACUGCUUUAAAGUUUAUCGCUAUUUGCAGUAAUAGUUGAUCUUUGGAUCCACAAAUCUAAUUGGAGAACUGGAUACAGAAGAGCUCCUGUGUUAACUCAUUCAGUUUACCUUUAGGAUGGGAGUCGCCUGUUUGAAGAUUGUUUUUGUUUGGCACCCUCUUCCUGCCCCAGUUUAUUUAGGUAAACUAGACAUGUGGAAGAAUAUGUGCAGUUUUAUACCCAAGGAUUUCCUCUACCCUUCAUUGUGCUGUGUGUUCCAGCUUCACAUGAAUCAAACAUUGUUAUCAUAAAACUAAUAAAUUAAACAGACGAUUGCACAUCUAGAUAUGCAGGUACAAAUAAUGGAGUAUGUAGCUAGCUGCUCAUGAAUUUAGGAAUAAAACGUACUAGUGUAUUAUUAAACAGAAACUGCAUUCAUUCUGUACUGAAGAGCUUUCACAUCAAAUGUCCAGAUAUAUAUAUGUGUAUAUAUAUAUCUUGAGUAUAUGGUUGCAAAUCAGUAAAUGGCAGAAAGCAGGAGAGGUGUCCUGAGUGACAUUCAUAAGUAAAUUGAGCACUUGAUUUUGCGCUUAUGGAUAUCUCUCUGCUCCUUAAAAUGAAUGCUACUGCCCUUGUUCACACCUAUAUUUUUAUUUUUUAUAACCUAUAUAUAUAUAUCUCUCUCUAACUAGGUCUUACAAUUAAACCCUCAUAUUUUAGUAUGGAGGGUAAAUCACUGGAAGUCUGUAGUGAAUGCAUUAAGUCAUUUUCUUACAUUGACAGUUGUAUCACAUUAAUGCAGAUAUUCUAUUAAAUACCACAACAAACCAAUUCCAGAAUAAUGCCACUUGUUUUGCACCAGGGUGUAAUGGUAUAAUGCAAUUCCAUAGCAAAUUCAUGAGGGAAUUGACAGCCUAGUAUAUAUUGUGCUUUAAUCCCUUGAGAUCUUUUAGAAUAACGGCAUCAAAUAUAGGUCUCUGGUUGUUUUAUCAAGAUUCCCAGUUUUAACCAAAGUCCAUGAUGCAUGCUAUGUGCCGCUCUGUUAGCUGUGCAAUCUGUCAUUCUUGAUUUAAGACAAAAUGUUUGAAAUAAAUAAAACAUUAAUAUUAGCCUGACUUAUUUAAUGUAUCCUAAAUUAAAUUGAUGAGAGGUAUAAUCCUGCAGAACAAAAGGAUGCAAAGUGAAAGUACAUGUACACCUUCAUUAAGAUACAUUUUCUACUGUCGCUAUUUAUUGAAUUUGCUAGGUUUGUUGUAUGAUUUGCUAGUUCUUUCUGCAGUCUACUCAGGUAAUUAGUUUGCAUUUAUUUAUCAUUAUUCUAAUUUGUGCUAAGAUUGCAUAAUUGGAGAAAAUUUGUCAAUCUUUUGAAGUGCACUAAAAUAUUGAAAGUUGAGAGCUGAUUUACAUUCAACAUAAAUAUAGUCUCUUUUAAUCUGUGGCUGCUGUUUUAGAACUAUUUAAUUGCUGUUGUGCACAUUUUCUUUCAUGAGGGGAUGGGGAAUUUGGGAGGAUGAGGAGAAACCCAAGUUAAUGUAAAUGGUUAGUAUUGUGUGUAGAUUAGUAAUCAUUUAUUUGGACCAGUAAGUAACUAAUCUCUCCUGAGCAGGGGACAAAGAACAAUGUGCUGCACUAGGCUGUAAAUUUAACAUUAUUAUUUUGUCUGUAAAAAUGCUGAACAAAACUAUUUAUAUUUUAUCUCAAUGUAUUAACAAAUGCCUCUGUUGCCAAAUGUUUGGGAAAUUGAGAGAAUAUGUUCAAAACACUAAAAAGUGAUGCUGAAGGUGGUAUUUUGAAUAGCUGAAGCUUGGAUGUGAUGUGUAUAAAUGUAAGCCCUCUUUUGCUCCUUUUUUGUUGUACUUCAGAGAAUGGAGUAGGUGACUCCUUUCUCCUGCUCCCUUCCCCAUGCAUCACUGAAGUUCGCAUGGUGUGUAACAGCAUGGCCUUAACAGGUGUACUCUUCUCUGUCAGAAAUCAUACAAAAAAAAAGAGUUUCCACAGAAAUGUUUGGGGAUUCUGCAUUGUGUGUGCAACAAAACUGGAAUUCAGUUUAUCAACUUGGGCAUUUUUUUGUUGUAAGUUCCAUGUUAAAUGCUUCUGCUAAUAUUUGAGGGAUAAUUUAUGCAUUAUCUGAAUGUUACAAACAUUCCAUUGUUGUGAUUCAGUUGAAAAGAACUUGUUUUGUGUACAGCACAUGGGGGAAAAAUAAAAAUGUCAUGCAUUCAA